AUGAGUAAACAAAUCGACAUAACCUCAUUGUUAUUGUUUAUUGGAUGCAGAGACAACAACAAGUUGGUCUCCUGUUGGAUGUUUGUUUUUAAUUCAAGAAUGCAUAUCGAACAUUCUCGUUGAAUUAUUGAAUUCGUUUAUAUAUUUCAAGUGCGAUAAUGGAAGAUGAAUAUGAUGAUCCCAACUGGGAUGGAGACAGAAUGGAUACUGAAUCAGAUCCAGGAGAAGAACUUGAGAAUCCAGAAAUGGUACUUCAAGAAUGUGCUGAGAAAUUUGCCACUCCUGAUUAUAUCAUGGAACCGGGUAUAUUCACUCAACUCAAGAGAUAUUUUCAAUAUAGAGGAAAUCCGCUUCAGGUCAUAGAAGAACUUUCUUCUAACUAUACAGCUGUAGCUCAGAUGGCCAAUUUGAUUGCGGAAUGGCUUAUAAUUGGGGGUGUGAAAGUUCAAGAUGUGCAAGCCAUGGUUGAGAAUCAUCUGAAAGAUAUGAUCUUAAAAACCUUCGAUCCUAAAAAAGCAGAUACGAUUUUUACCGAAGUAGGAGAAACACCUGCUUGGCUUACACAGCUGAUUGAUCAUCCCACAUGGAGAUCUUUGAUUUAUCGCUUAGCUGAGGAAUAUCCGGAUUGUUUGAUGUUGAAUUUCACUAUAAAACUAAUAUCAGAUGCUGGUUUUCAAGGAGAGAUAACAAGUAUUUCAACAGCAGCUCAACAACUUGAAGUCUUUUCAAGGGUUCUCAAAACUUCAAUCUCUAGUUUUCUGGGAAAUCCAGAGAAUUGGCAAAAAACAAGUAGGGAAUGUGCUAAAAUGGUUUGCCAUGGUCAACACACAUAUGUGUAUAGUCAGGUAGUGAUUCAUGUGUUAGCAAAAGAACCAAAAGGAGGUAGCAUAAUGAAAAGGUUAUCACAAGAAAUCACCAAAUGUGCACAGAAGAAUGGAAAUGAUGUUACUCCCAUUACGAUGGCUCUGAAUGGAGCUGCAGCAUUUCCCCAGGCUAGUCAAGCUUUGACUUCAAUGUUGUCCAAAAAUACCUUGAAUCCUGCUGAUAUAUCUGUAUUGUAUAGAAAUUACAAUAGUCCAGAUCCUCCACCAAUAGAUCUCAUUAGAACACCACAGUUCUUGGAACUGCUAGUUGGUUCACUUUUUAAAGCAGGUGUAAAAUUAAAUCCUGACCAUAAGCCAAAAUACAUCCAUUUAUUGGCUUAUGCAGCAAGUGUGGUAGAAAUACAAGCUAAGAAAGGACAAAAAAGAACCCAAGUGAAAGAUGAACUUCAACCCACAAUCAAAGCCAUUGAAACCGUCCAUAAAAUCUGUAAUACUAAUAAGGGAAGUUCUGAACUUCUUGCCGAUUUAGGUACAAUAUACCAGUGUUUGAAAUUUCCUGUAGUUUCAAUUGGCAUUAUUAGAUGGGUGGAAUGUACAGUAACAGAGCCAAGUUAUUUUAAGUUAUCCACUGAACAAACUCCUAUACAUUUAGCACUUCUUGAUGAAGUUGUUUCUUGUCAUCCACUACUGCAUGAUCAAGUGUUGGAGUUGCUCAUAAGAUUAUUUGAAUCUAAACAGGAUGAAUUGGAAAUAUUGGUUCAGCUUGAAAUGAGAAAAAUGGUGCUAGAUAGGAUGGUUAAUCUUUUGUGUUCUGGAUGUGUCGUACCUGUUGUAAAGUACAUUAAGCAUUGCUGGCAGAAGGGGGAUACAGAUGUGUCAUUGAUCAGAUAUUUUGUAACUGAGGUUUUGGAGACAAUCGGUCCCCCUUACAGUUACGAAUUUGUCAACUUGUUUAUGCCAAUGGUUGAAAAUGACGAGAUUACUGGAAGCAUGAGAGCAGAUGGAGAGAAUGAUAAUGUCUCAGAAUUUAUAGUUUACUGUAAGGCCCAUUACACACCGUUGAUUUAAAAUAAGGAAUUCAAACAAAUCCAUUAUUUUGACGAAUUGGAAUAUAUCAAAUGUGAAUUUUUAUUAAUAUAAUGGAUAUAAUUUAUGUCAAACGUAUUUCCAAUAAAAUUGCUAGAAAAUCCAAA